AAGCCUAUCAGUGCCCGUCAGUGCUGUCUAUCAGUGCUACCUAACAGUGCCAGUCACUGCCACCUAUCAGUUGCCCAUCAGUGCCCACCUAUCAGUGUCCAUCAGUGCAGCCUAUCAGUGCCCAUCAUUGCAGCCUCAUUAGCGCACAUCAGUGAAGGAAAAAAAUCACUCAUUUACAAAAUUGUAUAACAAAAACUAAGAAAAACUUUUUUUUUUUUUUCAAAA